AUGCAAGAUGAUGGCCUUGAGGAUGAGAUUUCUGGAGAACAAGAGACUGAUCGCGCUGAGGAAGAAGACGUGGGAAAGGAACAAGAGAGGAUCGAAGCGGUUGCUCCUCUCAUUCACCUUGAGGAAACCACGAUAACACAUGAAGGUGCCACUGCUGAUCCUUCUCUUUCUCUCUCAGAUGAAAGUCUCAAUACGAUCACUGACAGAACUGUUGACAAACUCUUAUCUGAGCGAAUGGAACAUGAAAAUGUUGUGGUCACGCCGACAUCACCUGAAGUGGAAAUCAAGUCUGAUGAUUCCAACAAUGCUCCUCUUGCCCAACUGAAAAAAUGCCAUACUGAAAAACAGAGUAAGAAAAGGAAAGUGUCUGCUGAUUCUCCCGGUCCUUCGAAGAAAAGAAGCAAGCAAGUCCUUUCAAAGAAAAAACACAAACCAAAGAAAUCAAAAUCUCGCAAGAGGAAAGUUACACCCUCACCAGUCACGGCUGAAGAAGCGAUGGAUGUAACACAUUUUGACGAUGCUGCAGAGUUGUUCGAGUACGACAUUUUGGUCAAUCGGAAGCUGGUACCAGAGGCUCGUUUUACCGAUCCACUUCACAAAGACGUUGGUUUUCUUACAUUCGUAAGGAUGAAAGAAAGUCCUUGGUUCCAUAGAGCGUUUGUUCGAGGAAAAAUGAUUGAGCUUAGCCCCAAAGUGAUCAACAAUUUGCUGAAGCUUCCAACAGACAAUCCAGAAGUAUUUCCUUAUGCUCUGAUCAGAGAAUCCAGAAGAGAGGUUGCACUACGGCUAUCGGUAUGGAAAUCCGACAAUUUUGGACGAUCGGGCUUGGCUGCAACAGAACUGACCAUGAAGUUUCAAUGCCUGUUUUGUUUCUGCGCAAUGAAUGUUUUUCCCACAAGCAACUGGACUAACAUUGGAUAUGAGAUGGGUAAAUUACUUCUUUGCAUUGACAAAUUUUGUGCUGACAUCAACUUUGGUUUUGUUGUUAUCUCAAGGAUGAUGAAGUAUGCCCGGGGAAAAUCCUUUGACAAGACCAACCUCCCAUACCCAGCUCUUAUUACUCUUUUAUUGAAGGAGAAUGGCAUUCUUCCGGAACCCACGGAAGACGUAAUUCAUACCACCUUCUUCAAGCCAAGGUCGAAUUUGCAUAAACUCUUCAACGACUUCAAAGAACCCCUUCCAGCUGAUCCGUCGGGACAGCUUUUGGAAGCCCGAAGGUUACUUCUUGAAGUAUUGCAGGAACAAGCUUCGAUUCGUUCAACCUUAGGAGAACAUUGA